GAAAGCCAUUGAAAAAGCAGCCAAAUUUGGCGAAAAAAUUGAAGCUUUUUGUGUAGAUAGAAUCAUAGAAGCAUAGAAAUCAAGAAUUCUUUAUCGAAAGGUCGACGUCUUUGAGGGAAGAGAGUGAGAGGGAGAAAGAGAAUGGAAGACAAAGAAGUUUGAGAGAGAUUGAAGAGGAGUUUGACCAUUCAUAUAGUUCUUAGUGCUUGGCGUGCUUGGAAGUGGGGAAAUUUUUUUAGCUUUUUCACUGCAAUGCCUGCUUAGAUUGCAUUUCUUUCCCUUUGUUUUUUUGGUUGGAUGUGGUUGGCGUUUUGUAGUCAAAAUUCGGAGGGAGAAUGAGGCUUUCUGGAUAAAGAUUGGAUUUUGAUGGGUUGAGUUUGAGAAGGUGGGGAAUUUAUUGUGUUUUUAGGCUUGAUUAAAAAAUGAGAGCUUUUUCUUGGAUGAUGUUGUGAAAGUUCCAGUGAGUUUUCUUGGAUGAAAUGAAGGUAAUGUGCAGUAGCUGGAGAAGCACAGAGCGCGAGUAGUGCAUGCAGGUAAUGUGCUUGAUGAAAUGAAGCUCUCAGCAGAGAUCCAGAACAAUGCAGUUGUGAGGAAAGUCAUUAAUUCUGAGCUCUGGCACGCCUGCGCUGGACCUUUAGUCUCUUUGCCACAACCCGGCAGCCUUGUUUAUUACUUCCCUCAAGGACACAGUGAACAGGUAACGGUCUCAACGAAGAGAACACUGAACUCGCAAAUUCCCAACUACCCAACUCUCUCUUCUCAGUUGAUGUGCCGAGUUCACAAUGUUACCUUGCAUGCUUGCGGUGAUAAUGAUGAGGUCUAUGCACAAAUCACUCUUCAGCCAGUGAACUCUGAAAUGGAUAUGUUUUCUAUUCCUGAAACUGGACAUACAAGAAGUAAGCAACCGAGUGAGUUCCUCUGCAAGAAUUUGACUGCAAGUGAUACAAGUACUCACGGUGGUUUUUCAAUGCCACGCAGAGCUGCAGAGAAGCUAUUUCCACCACUGGAUUAUUCAAUGCAACCUCCAAAUCAGGAGCUCAUUGUCCGAGAUAUACAUGAUAACUUGUGGACAUUUCGGCACAUAUAUCGCGGGCAGCCAAAGCGACAUCUUCUGACUACUGGAUGGAGCUCAUUUGUGAGUGCAAAACAUCUAAAAGCCGGUGACGCUGUUCUUUUCAUUAGGGACGAGAAGUCACAGUUACUCUUGGGUGUCAGGCGUGCCAGCCGACAAUUAACAACAAUGCCAUCAUCAGUGCUAUCUGCUGAUAGUAUGCAUAUCGGUGUUCUCGCUGCUGCUGCUCAUGCUGCAGCAAGCUGCAGCCCCUUUACUGUUUACUAUAAUCCAAGGGCAUGCCCAUCAGAGUUUAUUGUUCCACUGGAUAAAUACAAUAAACUUGCAUAUACCCCGGUAUCAAUUGGAAUGAGAUUUGGGAUGAUGUUUGAAACUGAAGAAUCCAGUAAGCGCAGGUAUAUGGGCACAAUUGUCGGCAUUAGUGAUUAUGAUCCUUUAAGGUGGCCUAAUUCAAGAUGGCGAAAUCUGCAGGUGGAAUGGGAUGAACAUGGUUAUGGUGAAAGACCAAAUAGGGUUAGUUUGUGGGAAAUCGAAACCCCAGAGAGCCUAUUUGUUGUUCCUGCCACGACUCCAUAUCUAAAGAGGCAAUGUCUCCCAGGUUUUAUUGUGCCUGGACUUCAAAUUGGAUCUCUAAAUUCAAAACCUUUACUACAAGUUCCUGAAAACAGAAAUGCUCAAGUAAAGCCUUUGUUUUACAGUAAUGAUCCUGUGCAACUUCUGAAAGUCCUGCAGCAAACUCAUACUUCUAACCAGAAUAAGCAUCUUGUAUCUGAACAAACCAUGUAUGCUAGUAUCUUUCAGAGCAUUAGAGGCACUGCUGAUAUUUCUAAAACUGUUUCUUGGGCUUCACAACCGAUUUCCUCAAUAUCAAAUGAAGUGCCACACGGAAUGAUUGUCACAAAAUCAGUAAUUGAGAAGAAUGAACAAAAUAUGUUGCUAGAGAAUGAGAAACUUCUACCUUCAAUAGUGCAACAAAGUGAUGAACUAUCAAUCAACAAAUCAUCUUCAGAAAGAGAAUUUCAACUUCAAAGUGAAGACACUGACCUUGAAAACCACAAUGGAGGAAAUUCUGUCCAGGAGAGCCUUGUAACUAAUAUGCUUGUGAACAAAUGUUUCGAAAUGGAAGGUGACAGCAGCCAUCUUCUCUUUCAGCAGCUUGAGCCAAUUGUUUCGCAUUCAUCGGUGAUGGAAACAUCAGAAUCACUAGACAAGGAAGGGUACUCUACUUCUCACUACUUGAACGAGGAGAAUUGGUUUUCAAAUCUAUCAGAAACUACUAGCAGUUUAUCUGGAGAUUUAUGUACUAUCAUCAACCCAGAAAAUUUGGAUUCUUUUGACAUAUGCCUUCCGGCUUUCAUGCAAGAAUUCUUCAGUCCUCCAGAUCUCAUUCCUCUGGCAGACGAUGAUUUAGUGGUUCAUAGAACAGAAACUAACUCAUCAACUGAGAAUUAUGCACAAAGUGAGAACUUGGAGAACCAGAAUUCUCCGGCUUGUACUGAAAAACAAGGCAUUGGUUCUUGUGUUUCGAGUUCAAUUACAGGAAACUGCAGCGGGUUCAAUGGUUCUACUUUGCAAUGUCCACCAGAUAGCUUGAUCGAUAACCGGAAUUCUAAUCAGGAUUUUCAGUCUCAGGUGAAAUCUCUACAAGACAUUCCUGAAAGCUCUCGAGGUACAUCAUCUGCAAGUGACAGCUGUGUAAAUAGAUGCACUAGAAAAUCAAUUUCGCAACAACCAUUGCGAACGUACACAAAGGUUCAGAAGGCAGGAUCUGUGGGGCGAUCGAUCGAUAUCACACAAUUUAGGAACUACCAAGAACUUAAGUCUGCAAUAGCAUGCAUGUUUGGGCUUGAAGGGCAAUUCGAUGAUCCAAAUGGUUCUGAGUGGAAGCUUGUGUAUGUGGAUUAUGAAAAUGAUAUUCUUCUCGUUGGAGAUGAUCCAUGGGAGGAGUUCAUCAACUGCGUUCGAUGCAUUAAGAUCUUAUCACUUUUAGAAGUACAACAAAUGAGCAAGGAGGGGAUGAAUCUCAUUAACACUUCCAAUGUGAACCAGGUGAAUAGAAAUCCAUAUUGGGAGGAUGGUAGUGAUGACUUGGAUUUUCCUAGCAACAUGGCAUCAUAGAGUGUACCUUGCAUUGUUCUCUUAUCUUUCAUGAUAUUGAAUCAAAGAUCAGAACACUGCUUCUGAACAAGAAAACAAAUCUUGUGGGAGAUUCAAUCAGCUUAAAGAUCUAACAUUUUUUGCCAUCAGGGACUCACUUUGUUCAGCCAUUAUGUAUACAUUAAAGCAUCAUGAACUGCAGACUUGAUCUUCUUAGUAUUAGUGUAGUUGGCUUGUGGCUUUAGGUUGAAGUUGGAGUAGUAUUAGUGCAGUUUGCUUGUGAUUUUAGGUUGAAGUUGGAACUCUAUCAUUAGUUUUUGUGAUUUGCAGAGUUCUUUGGCGUUUAGAAAUGGUACUUUUGUGGUUUAAUCUUAGAACAAAAUUUUGGAGACUAUUAAGAGGUUUUAGGCAAACAUUGUUGUGUUUCUUUAUUUUCUUUUCUCUAUUUUGCUUUAAUUGAGAGAAGAAAUAAUUCUGUUCAUCCAUUUAACUUCAUGUACUUAAAUUUUCAAUCAAGGUACCAAACACUUCCUUAACCCAACAUGGUAAAAACAUUUCUUGCUAGAGAAAAGAAAGGAUCACAUUGAUUCAAAAUAUCACUGUAUUUUCCAUUUAUCAAGAAUUCAAGAUGGAAAACCAGAAAUAAUCAUUUCUGAACAGGAAAAGAAAAAGAAAAAGAAAACAAAGAGAAAAUUCGAAUUCCAUGUAGUGUCAUUGCGUUCCUCUAAUCUAAUGCAAGCACCAGUUGAUCUACACUUUUAUUAUCAGACGAUGAAACAUGAAAGUAUCUCUUCUUUUGCUUUUCCUCUUGAUGAGAAAUGGAGUUUAGCUUUCCUCCAUAAUCCAUCAACAAGUCUAAGCAGGUCUG